UCGCUCGGACAGGCCUGGAUGAGAAUAAACGACGAGAGAGAGAGAGAGAGAGCGCGCGCUUGUCAAACACCAGCACAUCCUCCAUGCGGUCUUCCAAGCCAUCCCUCUUCCUCCUCCUCCUCCUCCUCUGCUUCGCCCAUGGCACCGCCGUCCUCGCCGCGCCGGCCAAGGACCGUUGCGCCCCCGAAAGGUGCCCCCGCCACGGGCCGCUGGUCCAGUUCCCGUUCCUGCUCAGAGGAAGCCAACAACCUGACGACUGCGGCUAUCUUCCGGACUUCAACCUGUUCUGCGGCCGGGAUGGGCACACUCAGCUCUUGCUCCGAGACACCUCGCGACCGCUCUUCGUCAAGUCCAUCGAUUACGACAACCGGUCCAUCGUCGUGCAGGACCCCAACCGGUGCCUCCCCUUCCUGCUGGCGAACCUCAACCACACUCGCUUCUCGUACGACAUGAGCCAACGCGGCCAGUAUGCGUACCCGCCCUACAACUAUACCCUGUUCCAGUGCCCGCCGCCGGCCAAGAGGAACAGCAUGGCCCUGGUGGAUUGCCUGAGCCAAGCCGGGUUGUACGACGUCUACGCCGUCGAAUCCGACUCCUACGUCGGAGACUUGCCGCUGGUGUCCUGCGAAAGGAACGGGAGCAUAGACUCGCUUCCUAUGCCGAUCGAGGACAUGAUGGGCGAGGCUAAAUUGGUCUGGGACAAGCCGGACUGCUGGAACUGCACGAUAUCCGGGUUGUGGUGUCGACGGAACGGGACCGACGUCAGCUGCACCAAGCCUCAUGAUGGACACAAAGAAAGAAGGUUAGAGAUCGGAGGUGUCCUGGGCACGUUUUUCCUUCUUGCUGGAUUGAUUGGACUCGGCUAUGUCCUCAACGAAAAAAGAAGAGAUAAAGCAUUCCGACUCAAGAUCGAGAGCUUCUUGCAUGACUACGAGGCCCUCAAGCCGACCCGUUACUCCUACAACGACAUCAAGAGGAUAACCAAUGACUUCGAGGAGAAACUAGGCCAGGGGGCUUACGGAACGGUCUACAAAGGGAAGCUUUCGAACGAGAUUUUCGUCGCUGUAAAGAUGCUGGACAAUGCGUUCGGAAAUGGAGAGGAGUUCAUCAACGAAGUGAGCACUAUGGGAAGGAUUCACCACGUCAACGUGGUUCGGAUGGUUGGUUUCUGCGCGGAUGGGUUCCGAAGAGCCUUGGUGUACGAGUUCCUGCCGAACGAGUCUCUGGAGAAGUUCAUAUUUCCGGGGGAAGAUGCUCUCGACCCUUCCCUUAGUUGGGAGAGGCUCCACGACAUCGCUCUCGGAGUGGCCAAAGGCAUAGAGUAUCUUCACCAGGGGUGCGAUCAUAGGAUCCUCCAUUUCGACAUCAAGCCGCACAACAUCUUGCUGGAUAACAACUUCAAUCCUAAGAUUGCGGAUUUCGGCCUGGCAAAGUUAUGUUCCAAGGAAAAAAGCGCUGUGUCCAUGACCGCGGCCAGAGGUACCAUGGGCUACAUAGCUCCCGAAGUCUUCUCCAGGAACUUUGGAAGCGUGUCCUCUAAGUCGGACGUGUACAGCUUCGGAAUGCUGCUGCUCGAAAUGGUCGGGGGCAGGAAAAAUGUCGACGUGAACGCGAAGAACAUGAGCCAGAUGUACUUCCCGCAGUGGGUCUAUAACCAUCUGCAUAAGGGUGAAGAGCUUGAAAUACGAAUCCGAGAAGACGGCGACCCCAAGAUUGCCAGGAAACUGGCGAUCAUCGGGCUCUGGUGCAUUCACUGGUACCCAGCCGAUCGGCCUCCCAUGAAAGCAGUGGUUCAGAUGCUGGAGGGAGAAGAGUGCCCCGUCAUGCCGAAAAAUCCUUUCGUUUCCUCAAGUUCAGGGGAAGCUGCAACCAUGCAGGGAAGACUCUGGAACACGAAUCUAGAAGUUAUCGCAGAAUAAGUUUGAGUGCCCUCGCAGCAUGUCAUCUCUCCAUGACUGAAAUCGAUGUCAUACUGUUAAAAAGUAAGUUGAGCCGUGAUCAAGAAGCCAUACGUUAAAUGUAGUAACUCUAUACCGUGAAAUAGCCUGAAAACUAUUGAUGCGCUCCGUCUACUUACCUGUUGAAUCAGAUGCAAUAUGGAUAGAGGAAUUCCUUUCCUCUUAUAUUCCUUACUAGGCUAGUUGUUAUGUAAUACAAGAAUCUAUGUACUUACUGGAAGUUUGUAAGAUAGUAAGUAAUUGGAUUUGAUUGCCCGAUGGAAAUGCAGUCCGUUCUGGUGUGCA